AUGACGACCGAGCGGCGGCCGCCGGCGCUGCCGCUGUGGGCCCUGCUGGUCGCCAGUGGCGCCGCCCUGGUGGCCGCCGCCGACACCAGCAGCGACAUCUGUCCGGAGAAGUGCAGCUGCUCCGAGCAGGCACCGCGGGCCGUCAGCUGCCGAGGACGCAGUCUGGUGGAGCCACCUGACGGCCUCCCACCGGACACGGCCAUCCUCGACAUCAGCUCCAAUCGUCUGGCCGGCGGUCUGGCCGAGCUCGGCCGUCUGACAGCGCUGCGCCAGCUCCGGCUGGACGACAACCGGCUGCCAGCGGUGCCCCGCGGCGCGCCGCUGCGCCUCCUCUCACAACUGCGGCUCCUGAGCAUGACCCGGAACGGCAUCCGGACCAUGUACGAGGACGCGUUCCGGGGUCUGGUGAGUCUGGAGGAACUGUCUCUGGCGACCAACAAGAUCGGUCACAUCGAGGACGAGGCAUUCUCUGAGCUUCAGUCGCUACGGACCCUCAACCUGAGCGGUAACCAGCUGACCACCGUGUCGCCGGCCUGGUUCCGCCAGCUGGCUAACGUCACCACCCUGGACCUGUCUGGGAACCGACUGCGGCACAUGCCGGUCGGCGUGCUGGGCGGCAUGGCGGCGCUACGGUGGCUGCUGCUGGCGGAGAACCACAUCACCUCACUACACACAGCGUCGCUGCUGGGCCCGCGCAAUCUCUCCUCGCUCGACCUGAGAGGAAACCAGCUGACGGCGGCGCCGAGCGCGGCGCUGCGGCGAGCCGCCCACCUGGACACAGUGCGGCUGUCGGACAACCCGUUCGCCAAGCUGCCGGCGGCGUCGUUCGCCGGCCUCUCCGUCCGUGAGCUGGAUCUGAGCUCGCUGCCGCGGCUGCAGAUCAUCGACAGCGGCGCGUUCGUCAACCUGAGCCGUCUGGUGGAGCUGCGUCUGAACGGCAGCGGCGCGCUGAGGUACGUGGCGCCGCGGUUCGUGCGCGGCGCGCCGGCGCUCCGCCGCCUGCUGCUGCACAACACGGGCCUGCUCAGCCUGGCAGCAGAGCUGGCCGAGGAGCUGGCCGAGGAGCUGGCCGCGCCGCUGCAGCUGUCGCUGCACGGGGCGCCGCUCCGCUGCGACUGCGUGCUCGCCUGGCUUCCGGCGGCGCUGGCCUCCGGCUCAGUGACGCUCGCCCAGCCGGAGGGCACACUAUGUAAGACACCCGAGCAGCUACGCGGAAGCCGACUGGACACGGUGCCGGCGGCCACGCUGGGAGACAGCUGCGGCCCGACGCUGGUGCCGCUCGGACGGUCCACCGUGCGGCGCGACACCGGCCAGCGACUGACACUCGAGUGCCGCGCCACGGGCCGGCCGGCGCCGCGACUCAGCUGGAGGUCACCGCGGCAGAACACCAGCCGCAGCGGCGGCUCGCUGCUGCUACGCCACGUCACCGAGGCGGACGCCGGCCGGUACUGGUGUGUGGCCGAGAGCAGUCGCGGCACAGCCAACAGGUCCGUCACCGUGCGGGUCCAGGAGGUGGACAUCCACCUCUUCCCCACCGGCGUCUCCUCCAAGUUCGUCACGCUGGUCUGGAACGGCACGGCGCGCAACAACUUCCCUCGCUAUCAGCUGAUGUACGGCCGCGCCGGCGAGGACGAGUCGGACUACGAAUCGCGCAUCGUCACCCCGUUCCACCGCUCCUACACUAUCGGCGGUCUGCAACCGAGCACCAGCUACCAGUUCUGUCUCAGCUACCCGGACCGCGACAGCCGACCGGUGCGCAUCUCCUGUACAGACGUCCGCACACGAGACGCCGCGUUCAUGACGCGAGGCAUCCGCCGAGAGUGGACGGCGGCGGCGGCAGCGGCGGCCGGCGUGGCGGCGCUCGUGCUGGCCGGCCUGACACUGCUGGCGGUGGCGGCACGCCGCUACCGCAGCCGGCUGAGGGAGGAGAACGACAAGGACACUGGCAGCCAGAUCCCGCUGGAGAGCUUCUACAGUCCGCUGCUGAGCCAGUCGUCGCCCAGCUGACAGUCACCGGCCGGCGGCGGCCGGCGCUCGGCGCCCUGUUCGCGCCAGUGCACGCCGCGGCCGGCCCACCGCAAC